AACACGCUGAGUGUGCGUCUCAUCUAAUAGAGCCUCGGAGCGCAUUAUCUUCCCCGUCAUCUCCGUCUGUGCGGUUGGUGCUGCGCCUUGCUGGGGAAACGGCCAGGAGAAGAUGCGUUGAUGCGAGCGGAUAUUCUCAGCAGCCGAGACUAAUUGUCUGUGAUUCAUGUCCCUGUUGAGUGGCUGAAACCUAUUCAUAGCCAGGGAGAAGGAGAGAAAGGGGAGAGUGGGGACGGGAUCCGCGCAGAGAUCCGCUCUCAGCAGUCUUUGGAAAUAUAGGAAGCAGAUCGCAGAGAGGAGGAAAGCGCGCCAGCAGGUCAAAGUUUCUUUCGCGGUACUGUGUGUGUGUGUGUGCGUGCGUCUGUGUGUAUGGGAUGGGGUGGGGGGUUCCCUUUUCCGUGGACAUCAUCGUGCUUCAGGUUUGACGCCGUGAUGGAAUGACACCAGAAAAGAGGAUGAUGGACACUUUGGCACCGGAGUCUUGCUCAGAGAUCCCCCGCGUUUCCAGCAGGCGCGGUGCUGACCGAGCCCUCAGGACGGUGAUCAGUCAUUUGUUUUGAAGUGGCAGGAAAAUCCUCCUCUUGAUUGAAACAAGAGCGAGAGAUGGUGCGCACAGCGAUUCCUCGGAGACUGACGUGCGUACUCAUCACGUUCCCGUUAAGGAGCGCGUCUUAAAGAGCUUCAUUCUUCGUUCAUGUUCAUUCUGCUGCUCUGAACUUGUUGAGCGGCGUUAAAGAGCAGCGGGACUCCCAGAGAGGCACUCAAAGAAAUUGCCAGAUCGUCACGCAGGACGAGUACCAUGAUUGACAGCCAGGCAAGCUGAGGAGACCCGUCACUCAUCUUCCUAUCAGCGUGUCAGAGGGCUAUCUCCGUCUUGCCUCCCCCCUCUUCCUCUUCCUUCUCUCCUCCACCAUCCUCCUCCCUCCCUCGGUCCUGUCUUAUCUUCUCAAUGGGCUGGUAGCCUCAGCAUCCCUCAAAUCAUCCACCGCCCCUCGAAAACCUGAAAGAGACAGAAAUUGUACUGAAAAACACUUGUAAAGCAACCCUUGCUCCACCUAAAGGGAGUUUGGCAUGCCUCCUCACUCUUCUUGAGUGAAGUGUAGUAAGUGGAAGUCGAAGAGCGAUUCCUUGUUUAUACACCCUUCAGAAGGAGAUACGGCUCCUUAACAAGGAGCUGAGAAAGGGCCAGUCAUGCGUUUCCACUUUGCGCUGACGCUGCAGGCACUGUGGACUGGUGUUUGCCAGGCAGCCAUGCAGCACUACCCUGCUGCAGCAUGGGGACAUUACGAUGUGUGCAAGUCCCAGGUUUAUUCAGAUGAAGGCUUAACCUGGGACUACAUGGCCUGCCAACCCGAGGCAGCAGAUAUGACCCAGUACCUAAAGGUGACUCUAGAUCCUCCCAACAUCACUUGUGGAGACCCUCCAGAGACGUACUGUGCCCUGGAAAACCCUUACAUGUGUAACAAUGAAUGUGACGCCACCACUGAAGAGCUUGCCCACCCCCCAGGGCUGAUGUUCGACACUGAAGGCCGCAACCCCACAACCUUCUGGCAGUCAACCUCCUGGAAAAAGUACCCAAAACCCCUACUGGUCAACAUCACUCUAUCUUGGAACAAAACCAUUGAGCUGACUGAAGACAUUGUCCUCACCUUUGAGUCAGGCCGACCCGAACAGAUGGUCCUAGAAAAAUCACUAGAUUAUGGACGAACCUGGCAGCCCUACCAGUUCUACGCCACUGACUGCUUGGACGCCUUCACCAUGGAGCCCAAGACGGUGCAAGACCUAACUCAGCAUACCCUGCUGGACAUUAUCUGCACCGAGGACUACUCACGAGGGUACGUGUGGAAGAACGACAAAACUGUACGCUUUGAGAUCAAGGACCGAUUUGCACUGUUUGCUGGACCCCGGCUCCACAACAUGGCCUCACUUUACGGCCAGCUAGACACGACCAAGAAGCUGAGGGACUUCUUUACCAUUACUGAUCUGAGAAUCCGCCUGCUCCGGCCUGCCACAGGAGCGACAAUGGUGGAUGAGAACAACCUGUCCAGAUACUUCUAUGCCAUUUCUGACAUCAAAGUUCAGGGCAGGUGCAAGUGCAAUCUUCACGCCAACAGCUGCGUGUAUGACAAAGAGAAGUUGAGCUGUGAGUGUGAACACAACACCACUGGGCCCGACUGCGGCCGCUGUAAGAGGAACUACCAGGGGCGAGCGUGGAGUGCUGGCUCAUACCUGCCCAUACCCAAGGGCACCGCAAAUAUCUGUAUUCCUAGUAACAUUGGUCCAGUUAUUCGGCCGAAUGUGUCAUCCCUAGGUGUCGCUAACCGAAAAGAAGUAGCUCCUCAAGUUGCAUUGUCCACUGCCCCUUCUGUCCACGUUGCAAACAGCAAGCGAGCCCGGGUGUGUGACAACGAACUCCUGCGCUGCCAAAAUGGUGGGACGUGUAUCAGCAACGUCCGCUGCAACUGUCCACCGGGCUACACGGGUUUGCUGUGUGAGAAGCGCCGUUGCGAGUCAGAGCUGGGAGGCUGUGGGGGCCCAGAUUCAGGCCAGGCUCACCUGACACCUCCAUCCACCUCCAGGCUGCUGCUGCUGCUGCUGCUAGGCUCGGCUCUGCUGAGAGAGGCCUCCUGCCGGCCCGCUGUGCUCUAAAGAGACCCAUUACCUGGUGGGAGUCGCACACUUCCCACCUUCUCCACCUUAACCCAAGCUCAUCCCCCUCCCCUUUCAGAUAAUCAACAACCAUUUAAAAAAGAACAACCAUGAGCUUUCUGGACUGUAAUGUUCUGAGCUUCUCCGCCUCCAGACUCAAUGGACACUCGCACUGACAAUAAAGGGAAUGUGCCAGUCAAAUGAGUGCAGAAACUUUUCAUUUAAUUUCAAAGAAUAUAUAGAAAUAAUUUAAAAAAAAAACUAUACUUCUAAAAAAAAAAAUACAGAUAUUAUUAGAAAUAUGAGUAACUGAGGGUUUGCCUAACAAAAGUAAAAUGAGCAGAGAAUGGUGAGUCCCACCCCGACCCCUACCCUACCUCUCUCCCUCCCCCCAAAAGCCAUACCAGGUACAGUACACGAGCCCCCUUCGAUUUUGAGAAGAGAUAACUAAACAUGACAGACUCGGUCACUUCUUCUCAUAUUGCCACGGCAACAACAGCUGCGACCAAUCAGCUCUCGCACAAGCCGACGGUGGCCGCCGACCCCUUUGGGAUGCUUCUGUGCGUUGUUAAUGUUGGCUGGACUGAUGCCGAAGAAAAACAAAAAAAAAACCAACAAAAAAAAGCAAACUUGUCCCCGCUGAAUGGCAAAGACUGGCCUCAGAAACAAACCCGUUACACUUCAGCGCGAUAACAAACAGAAA